AUGGCGCCUCCGCCGCCGACUAUAAUUCACUGCUCAUCGCUCGCAGACUACGAGUACCAGAUGACUUCUCUGAGAGACCCCAUCCUCAUCCCCGAAACCGAGGAGACUUGGGAUCGCAUAGCCAACGCAAUGAUUCGUAUGACUGCGCUUGUGCGAGGAAACGCGGCUGACUAUCCUCUUGAGACUGUGGCGAAUGUCCGACCCGUGUCACGACCACUCAACAGUGCAGCGAGCUCUGAGCGGACACGGCUGUCAGGCGUUGCCAUAGAACUCUUGACUUGUCUCAACGGCUUCAAUCCGCCAGACCUGGAGAGAGAGCCACGGGCGCGCGAGAUCGAGGGCACGAUCCGUCUGACGGCGACAGACGCCAGUGCUGACGUGCGGAAGAUCGCGAAGAAAAUAUUUGAGGCGUACAAGCAGCUUCUACCGAGGCGAGUGGAGAGCUUCACACAGCCACUCACACCCACGGUCAAGAAGUAUCUCAAUAUCAAAGCAUCAGCUGCGCCAAGUAGCAAUUCGAAUCCACCUAGCCGACCCCCAUCCUCACAGUCGCUGAACCUCGUGCAAGAGCGGCCACCCAAACAACAGUUCUCAUCUUCCACAUCUGCUAUCCGCUCCAAUUCCGGGACCUUCCCGACCCGCAGACCUACGCAGCCACCGCAUCGCCUCGGCGGGAAAGUCAAGAGCGAUAUGGCGCCUCCCGUCUUUAUCCCCAAGCGUCCAGACUCGGCGGCCACCACAACCAGCAACCACGAACACGACGACGAUGUAUUAUUCAAGAGUGAACCGAGGGUCGCCGCGUCCGUACCAGGCUCGUCGAGUACAAUGCCAGAGCGGCCGCGGACAAUCUCACAGUCGCAGCCACAACGACCACCAAGCUCAACAGGGACAUUGAAUGCAAGGGGACCAAUGCGACAGCCCAUUCCUCAGGAGCCUCCGAGGGGCGUUCGUAGCGGUCCAAUCAGACCAGGGACAAUGGGUGCCCCCGGCGGCCAGCCCACCGAGCGGAAGGAACGCGUUGCGAGCGAGAAGUUGAAGACCGUGAUUGUACUACUGAACGAGAAGCCGAAGCCCGCACCUCCACAGCCGAGUGAGAAGCCGAAGCCUGUACCCUCACGGACAAAGUCCUCGGUGACUGCAGGCACAAAGAGCUCGAACGCGAAGACCGCUAGUGGCUCUGCGGACCAGAAGUCGUCCGCCCAUGCAAAGACGGUCAAGAGUAAAGGCGACGCAAAGGUAGCAAAGGCAGCCGUGGCCUCUGUGGAGUCGCGGCCCAGUCGCCAGACGCAUGCGCGAGCGCGCUCGAAAACUCCCGCUCUUGUGCCAGUACAGGUCCCGCUACCUCCGAGUCCUGGCCCGGGGGAUGCUCCUGCACUGGUACCCCUGCCCCCGAGCCCGGACUUGAGAGAAUUAGAGAUACCGGCGCUGGUCCCGCUACCUCCCUCACCCCCGCCCUCGCCCCCCAUUCCACCUGCUCCUGUAGUGGAGAUACCCAGGCCCGUCACACCGAAACGCACACUUGGGCACCUCGCACCUUUGGCGGUAGAGCAAACCCCGAUAUCUGCCCUCGUCGCGGACAUUCAGCGCGGGUUCCUCUUCACGCCCUUCACGCCUUUCACACCAGCCCCUCGCGCUGGGAGGUCAUUCGAGGAAGGCGAUAACGUCAGAAUUGAGUCCCUCGGUUAUGAAGGUACGUUAAAGUACCUUGGGGAGAUCGACGGGAAGCCUGGUCACUGGGCUGGGGUCGAGUUAAGCGGAGGCUUUGCUGGGAAGGGCAAAAAUAAUGGCGCUGUCAAUGGGAAGCAAUACUUUGUGUGCCCUCCAAACUGUGGCUCGUCGCGACCAUCGUCCGUUGCUUCCUCCCGCAACGGGCGGAUCACGCCCUCGUUUUCCUUGUCUGGCAGGAUCACCCCGUCUGCUUCCACUUCUACGUCUACUGGUCGUAAAACGCCGUCCUUCUCCAACGGCCGUGCCACCCCUUCUCUUCCAAAUGGUCGCGUUACUCCAUCUGCAGGUCGCAAGACUCCCGGCGGCCCUGUUCCUGCGACACGAGCACGCUCGGUCACCGGAAAUGCUCGUGCGGCCGUCGAUGCUAUCACGCCUGUGCGCCCCGCUGCUGCUCAAAACAUCAUCACGCCCGGCUCGCGAGCAUCGAACCGUACGUCGGGCAUCGGCGUGGGGGUACCACCCGGUAGUCCCUCGAGGCGUAACACCCCGCGUGCUCGCGUGCCAAGCGGUAUCGCCAUGCCUCCGCCUGCCUCACCGUCAAUAAAAUCGGGACGCUCUAUCUCGGUGACGAUGAGCGAUCAAGGCUUCAGCCACCGGGGCGCCAAUUCACUCACCGACUUAGAGAGCAAUGGGAAGGCCCUUCAAGACAAGAUCGCCCAGCUCAUGGCCGGUCGCGUCCCCCGGCCAGGCUCGUCCGCAUCAGGCGGUUCUUCCGGACAUUCUGAAGAGCUGCAACAGGAGAUCGAAAGACUGCAUGCACGCCUGACCGCUGCAGAAGACGAGAAUCGGCGGCUUCGAGAAAGCACAGACGCACAGAACGGGGCCGUUCAGCGCGCUGAGAAGCUCGCCGCGGAGCAGAAGCAGAGCGCGACGCGGAUCACGGAGUUGGAGUCAACCGUCCGCGCCAACGAGCGUCUGUUGAACGAGCGGGAGACGGCCAUUGAGGCGGUCGAACGAGCGGCGAAGGAGAAAGAGGCGGACAUCGAGAAGAUCAAGAGCGAUGCGGAUGCGCGUCUCAGGGACAUCCAGAGCAAGUUGGAUGACAAGGAGGCGCUCGUGGACAACCUCAAGGAGCUGAUCGAGGCGAAGGAGGGCCUGCAGACAGAGAACGAUGCGGUCCUACAGGCAAAGAAUGCCGAAAUUACGCUCCUGGAGGCGCGCGUGCAGAAAGCGUACGCGGAGCUGGAGGAUGAGAGGCAAGAGCUGGGCGCCCAGGUCGAGGAGCUGCGGAAAGCAGGGCAGGAAACUAUUGCGUUGUACGAGGAGCGCCUCAGUGCGGCAGACACACAACGAUAUGAGCUUGAGGAUCUUAUCGCAUCGCUCGACGAGCAGCUCCGUGCUAAGCUGGAACCACUGUCCCCUGUCACCGCUCAGAGGCAAGCCACCUCUGCCGUCGAAAUCGACAAUGAGUCACUCCGAGAGCAGGUACAGCAUCUGCAGAAGCGAAUUGCGGUAUUGGAAGACCAGCUCGAGGAGGCGCAUGCGACGUUCGAUAGAGAGGAGGCUGCCGAUCUGAAGGUUCUCGAGGAGAACAUAGAACAGAGCAUUCUCCGCGAGGAGGCUCUGGAGUCCAGCGACGGUAGUGUUCCGACAUCUGCGGCGGGGGACGUCGCGGUGCUUCACAAGAAAUAUGAGGUAUAUGCGAUCGCUUCUGUCCUCUGCUUAACAAAGAGAUCGAUCUACCGUGAAGAUGAGCUCGAGCGCGAGCUUGAACGCCUCCGGGAGAAAGUUGCGCGCUCCCAGAAGAAAUCGUCGAAACUAUCGACCGAGCCGCCAGCCGCACCGCCGGACGAGCGACCUGUGGGCUCGGGCGCGAAGAAAAUAUCCACGGAGCCCGUCUCCGCGGGCACGCAGGAGGUCUGCGAGAUCUGCGAGCGGCCGGGGCACGACAUCUUCACGUGCGACCUGCUCAAGGACGACGUCGCCCCGAUGCCCAUGUCCGCGCCCGCGAUGUCGACGUCCAUGUCCAUGUCGUCCAUGUCGUCCAUGUCGAUGGGGGGAGACGCGGACGAGGAGCUGUUCUGCGAGGACUGCGAGGGGCGCGGGCACACCGCGGAGAACUGCCCGCACUCGCUGGACGUUUUCUGA